AUGUAAAGAGGGUAAGAUGAGAUUGUAGACGAACUCACUUAAUUGAAAAUAGAGAGAGCUAAAAGAAGACAAAGAAAAGAAUGGGAAUUAAAGAUGAUGGGGAAAUGCAUCUCUUGGUUGAUUUAUGCAUACGUAGCAGGAAUAAUUAUAACAGGAUUGAACUACAUAUUAUUGGAAAAAGGCUUUAAAUAUGAAGGAAUUGUUGAGGAUAGCUGUUAAGACUUUCAAACUCUCAAAUCAGUGAAUGAUCAAAUAUUCCCUCUAUUGGAUGAAUUGACUUACAAAAAAUAUUUUAAGAUCUUCAGAGUCAAUUUAGAAAAUGAUUGUCCAUUCUCUAUUGGGGAAUACAUUUGCACAAGUAGAAAAUGUGUAAUUUGCACUUGUAACACCUCAGAAAUUCCAUCCAAUUGGUUGGCCCCAGUAUCCUCUCCAAUAAGUUAGCCAAAAGAUGAUUUUGCAUUCUGGGAUUCAGAAAGAUAUCUAUCUCCAUCUGAAUGGAUAUGGCAUGUUGAAGAUAUCGAAAAUGACAAGGGUGUCUAUGUUGAUUUGAAAUUAAAUCCUGAAGCCUAUACAGGAUACUAAGGACAACACAUUUGGGAUGUUAUAUAUAAAGAAAACUGUUACUAAGGUUCAUUAAAUGAAAUGUGUAGGGAGAAGCGAGCAUUGAAUAAAUUAGUGUAGGGAUUGCAUACUUCGAUUUCGACUUAGUUGAGUGAGUUUUAUGUUGAUUUAUCAACAAAUAGAACCUACCCAAAUUAUUCAUUAUAUUUCGAAAGAGUAGGUAAUCAUCCUGAAAGAAUUCGAAACUUGUUCUUUAUAUAUUCUGUUCUUUUAAGGGCAGUCAUAUUAGCAUCUCCAGGAAUUCAAAAACAUGAUAUAAAUUCAAUGUCUUUUGAAGAAGAUACUAGAUCCAAAUAUUUAUUGAACACCAUCUUAUCUCUAGGUAAUAGUUAAUGUUCUAAACCUUUUGAUGAAUAAUAAUUCUUCAAUUAAAUAACAUUCGAUUAAAAGAAAGAUUAUCAAAGAUAUAUUCACAACAUAAGUAAAAUCAUGGAUUGUGUGGAAUGUCAAAAAUGUAGAGUAUUUGGAAAGAUGUAGACUUAUGGAUUAGGAACAGCAUUAAAAAUUCUAUUUUCUGAAUCUCCAAGUGAAUUUUCAGGAAAGUUGAAAAGAAAUGAAUUGGUUGCUUUAAUAAAUACAUUUGGAAAAGUGUCAAGUUCUGUCAAUUCAAUAGAUCUGAUGUUUGAGAGAAGAGCUAGAUAUUAUUAAAAUCUGAUUUUAACAAUAACAAUUAUGGGAGGUGUUUUCAUAUUAUUUAUGGUGGCAAUGAGAAAAAUUUACUCAGAAAUGGACAAGAAAAUAUAAAAUAUGUUUAAAGGAAUGCCUUCUGACAACCCUUAAAAAGCUAAUAAAAACACAAAGAGUAAAAGGGAUUGA